AUCGGUAAUGAUGACGAGUGUUUCCUUCGCUCAUUCUUGAAGCUCUGAGGAUUUUUUUUUCUCAGUUCACACCUAACCAUCAUUGGGUGUCAGCACUCGAGCUAUUCAGGUACUCAGCAGAGGAGGAGGCUAUUUAUAAGCGAGCGCCCUUGUGUUUGCAGCUUAUGAAGUGCUGUUUGUGUAAAUACGGAGGCCAGCACGCACACUGGUGUUUGGACAGUGCGUGAAGUGGACUUUUUUUUUUUGAUAGAUUUGGUUUGAGUGCUUGCUCCUUAUCGGCCAGAACAAACCCAGAGUGCAUGCAAGGAAAGGAUGGCUGCACCGACCAAGUUCAGUUUUUCCGUAAGGAGCAUCCUGGAUUUGCCUGAGCAGGAUGCGGAUGCAGCAAAGCGGUCUUCCCCGAUUUACUCCUCUUGCUCUUCCAGCUCACCCUACAGCUCAUGGAUCGACUGCGAGCGGAGCCUUUGCAUGUCUUCUGACGAUUGCAAUUUCGAGGCCUCUCCUGACUCAACUAAGCCCGAUGACCCGUCCCUCGAUUCAGAGCCUGAGCAGAGCAAGAAGAGCAAGAAACGCCGCGUUUUGUUCUCCAAGGCCCAGACCCUUGAGCUGGAAAGGCGCUUCCGCCAGCAGCGCUACCUGUCGGGUCCGGAGAGAGAACAGCUGGCACGGCUGCUGAGCCUGACUCCAACCCAGGUGAAGAUCUGGUUUCAGAACCACCGCUACAAGAUGAAGCGAGGUCGAGCAGAAGGAGCACUGCAGGACGUAGAAAUCCCGCAGCCGCCGGUGUUGCGCAGAGUCGUUGUUCCGAUCCUGGUCCGAGACGGGAAACCCUUUCACACAUGCUUACUUGACUCUGAGAAAUUUGGGUGUUUACCUCCGUCAUCUCAGCCGGUGCCCUUCCCUUUAGCUUACACAUCUCUUCAGCAUCCAUCCCCCGUUGCUCUUCCUCCAAGGUACCACCAACACUUUCCGGCCGUGGCGGCGGCCUCCAGCUUCGCCUGGAGAGACUUUUGGAGUGAUUCGGUUCAUCUUAAUUCUUUCAAGUAAAGGUCUUGUUUCGAUGGACAAACUCAUUUAGAACGGCAUCAAAUGUUUUCUGAAUGUUUUGUAAAUGUUCGAGCCACUUAAACGUUUAGAUUUUUUCUAUAGAACGAAUUAUAUUUUGCACAUUUUUUACGCACGUAUGCGGAAAUUUUAAAUGUUGUUUUCUCUUACAUGGCUUAUUGCUGUAGCCUUUAGAUUUUUAAUUACCGAGGUGUAUUCGUGUGAUUUUUAAGCCUUUUUAAAUGUAAUAUUUACAUAAACGACUUGAUAAUUGAGUUCCAGUAGCUGCAUUAGGCGGUAGAAGAGGAUAGGAGAAUAGGGGCAAAGCCGCUAUAUAAGUAUGAAGGAAGAAUAUGUCAUUUGUUGGUUUCAAGGAUACUUUUUUAAAGAUUUAAC